AUGAGUGGCGGAAGCAUUAACUAUGGCGGCCUGUCGGAGGAGGCGGCGCGCGCGGCGGGGAUAAAGGGGAAGAAGAGCACGUUCAAGGAGAAGACGUGGGUGAACCCGUCGCGCACGCUCUACAUCACCAACGUGCCGCCCGGCGCCUCCACGGAGCAGCUCGAAGGGGUGCGCAGCAUGUGCUUCGUUGACUUUGACGAGAAGCAGCAU